GACGCUACAUUUUUGACGGGAGGAGCGGCGCCAAACGAGCGUGCGAAAAGGCACAUGGAGUUUGAAAUAUCUCUGAAUUCUGGCUGGAAAAACGAGGAGGAUCAGAAAAAUAAAACAAAAAGAGGGAAGUAACAGGAGGUGUAUGUGGCCUCUCACUCUAGUUUCCCUGCAGCUAUCAUGAGUUGGAGUUUCCUGACUCGCCUGCUGGAAGAAAUCCACAACCAUUCCACAUUCGUGGGCAAGAUCUGGCUCACCGUCGUCAUCGUCUUCCGCAUCGUGCUGACGGCCGUAGGAGGGGAGUCCAUCUACUACGAUGAGCAGAGCAAGUUCGUCUGCAACUCGGGCCAGCCGGGCUGUGAGAACGUCUGCUACGACGCCUUCGCUCCUCUCUCGCACGUCCGCUUCUGGGUUUUCCAGAUCAUUCUGUUGGCCACGCCCUCGCUCAUGUACCUGGGCUAUGCCGUCAACAAGAUUGCUCGGGCGGAGGAGCAGACAGACAGCGGGGGAGUGAUCGGACUUUCGCAGAGGAAGCCCGGGAAGCCCUAUCUCGCAGGCAGAAAGCAGCACAGGGGCAUCGAAGAGGCCGAGGAUGACCAGGAAGAAGACCCGAUGAUCUAUGAGAUGGCGGAGGAGGAGAGUGAUGGCGGCGGACCGGUGAAAGGAAACAGUGGCGAUAGGCUAACAAAGGUCAAGGUGCGCCAUGACGGGCGCCAGCGUAUCAAAGAGGAUGGACUGAUGCGUAUUUAUGUCCUUCAGCUCUUGACCCGCACCUUGCUGGAGGUGGCUUUCUUGUGUGGACAGUACGCCCUGUAUGGAUUCGCUGUGCCUCACACCUACGUGUGCUCAGACCAGCCCUGCCCUCACAGAGUGGACUGCUUUGUGUCCCGGCCCACUGAGAAAACGAUCUUCCUCCUCAUCAUGUACACAGUCUCCCUGCUCUGUCUGGCACUCAACAUAUGGGAGAUGCUUCACCUGGGCAUCGGUACCAUCUGUGAGAUCGUACGCUCCCGCCGGGUGUGGCUGCCCGACGAUGAGCUGUACGGGCUGACGCGGGCACAAGGAGCUCUCAAUGACGAAGGACUGAGCGGAGAUGAUUACAGAGGCUACCCUUUUUCCUGGAGUGCACCAUCAGCUCCACCUGGGUACAACGUCGCCAUCAAGCCUCUUCUGGUAUCUACAGGACACCACGACAAGCCACUACCCAUCACCGACAUCACUAACGCCAAGAUGUCAUGCCGGCAGAACCACGUGAACACUGCCGAAGAGGAGCGUCAGCAGUACACUAAUAACGGUGAAAACAUGUGCACAGCAGGGAUGGGAGAUGCCCCCAGAUGUGUUCACAAGGACAUCCGUCAGCCUCAGAACAAGCUGGAGGCUGACAGUCCGGCCAACAGCUACAGCAAGCCUCACCGUGAACGUAAACACCGGCAGGCCUCCAAACAUUCAAGCAAGGCAGACGCUAACAGAGGCAGCAGCACCAGCAGUAGCAGCAAAUAUGGAGUCAUAAAGGGUUCUGAGUGGAUCUGAAAUAAUACAGACUGCGACUUUUGUUAUUUUAAAACAAUGCAAAGCCUUCUCAGACCAAAAAGUAUUUAUGUUUGUGUGUCCGUACUGUGUGUAAAACAUGGACACGGCACCUAGUUUAGAUUCUUUUCAUACCAUUAUAAUAGUUUGGUGAUUAUAAGUGAUUGAUAGUGUCCACUGUUAAGUCAUGUGAGGAUCAAACAAUUUAACAGUUGGCCACAAAAAAUAAACCUAAACAUCCCCAAUGGUAAUAAAUGGUACCUGCUCAUGCAGAUAUAUUAUAUAUAUAUUAUAUAUAGGAAUACUCACCGCCCCAGGGCCUUCUGCCAGUCCGUGACAAAGCUGGAUAAAUGUUUGUUGCCGCUGUAAACAAUAUAAAAACGUAUGAAAAUAACUUUGUAUAUUUUGUUAAAUGACUUUUGCAGG